CGUCCAAAUGCGGAAAGACCUCGGAGAGGGUCUUUUUCGUUAUCCGAGGGCAGAAGGAAUGCCGUUAUUUUAAACAAUAAAGGGUAACGUUAUUGCUUUUCAAAACGUCUUUUUGGACGUGACCCAAUUUCACGUCGACCCCAAAGCUUAUGACUUUUUGCGUCCCUCCAUGCACCAUUUUCUGCAGUAGAUUUCUAGAACAGAGGGGAGGUCUGCUGUUGUUGCCCCUGGUGAUGUGAGAGUUGUUCCAGUGCCAGGCUGCGAGAGAGCAGGGUUCGUGACGAGGGCCAGGUAAAGCAUGGGAUUGGCCUCUGGAGCCAGGAACGACAGCCCACUUCCCUACGCACCGAGGGGGCCCACGCCAUCGUAGCCCGAGACCUGAGGCACACUGCGCAGAGAGGGGACCAAAGGCUGUCCUCAGUGACCUCUGAGCUUUAUGCACCGUGGAGAACCAGCCUCAAAGGUGGUGAUGUCUGAGGAGGCUGAAAUAAGGGAGUGCAAUGAGGCCUUUGAGUCAGAAGAGGGCGACGUCGACCCAUUCCUGGAGGAGGAGGAGGGCGAGGAGGAGGAGGAGACGGAGAGCAGCCGAGAGCUGAUGGAGAGACUCCGAGAACUGGAGGCUGAGAAUUCGGCCCUUGCUCUCGCAAAUGAAAGCCAGAGAGAGGCAUAUGAGAGGUGCCUGGACGAGGUUGCCAACCAUGUGGUACAGGCUCUUCUUAAUCAAAAGGUGCAAAAGAAGGACCUACGGGAGGAAUGCAUCAAGCUGAAAAUGCGUGUCUUUGAUCUAGAGAGGCAAAACAGGACGUUGACAGAGCUCUUCACACAAAAACUCCACACAAAUCCUAAUCCCCUUCAACAGUUGCCAUCGGUGACUCUUGCAGAGCACAAUUUGGACGCCACUGUGACGAGCACAGAGAAGAUGGUAGCGUCUCACUGCCAGGGGGAAGCCAAGAACACUGGUGAUCGCACACAGAAUGGUACCCCAAGCCAAGCUCGAGGCCCAGCCACCUCCAUGGACGCCCUGUCUCCAUUUUUCAAGAAGAAAGCACACAUCCUGGAAGUUCUCCGCAAGCUGGAGGAGUCCGACCCGCUGAAGUUCCACCCGUCAUCCUGCCUGGGGUCCUACCACGACAUGGGCCAGACGCUGUUUCCGGGAGACUUCCCGGGGACCUCUAUCUCCCGGGCGCCUCACUGCAGACACUCCAGCUCGGACUCUGACAUCCACGAGUAUGCCAGCGGGGAGGGGGUGCUUCAAGAUGACCGCGGCCGAGGACACGGGGGCUGCCCCUCCUGCCGGCUCCUCACUCAGAAAAGCAGCCUGGACAGCCUGCUCAAGGCCACGCCGGGACACAGCGGCUCUUUCGCUGCUGCUGCCGCCAUCACUCUGCCAGUUCGAGAGGAGGGCGUCGGCGGGCAGAUGUGGGUGGACAGUCACCAGCAGGGGGCAGUGGCAGGUGCUCCCGAUCCGCAUGUUGGCAUCCUCUCCCUGGAGAGCACAAGCCAUCCCUACACGCACAGCACACGGACGGACUGCAGAGCAGCGAGCGGGUCUGAGUCGGAGGCGUCUGACCGCAGCCAGGAGCCAUUAGACAAGGCCAGGAGUCUGCUGCAUCACAAGGACAAAGCAGUGGAGAAGUUGUCGCUUCGGAAAUCCUUGUCCAGAGGUUCCGACAGCGUCCUUCAAGGUGAGGAUGGAAAGCAUGCGGAGACGCCACAAUCUCAGAGCCCGGAUCAAAGUCACGCCGACCCGGAGUGUUGCUACCUGGUGGUGGACAGUGAUGCUACUGUGAUGGACGAGGAAUGUGAGGACGGCGAGAAGGUCUGCAACGGGGUCUAUUUCUCCUCCAACGAGACGUCUGUAUCCAAGAAGGUGGCCGUGGACUCCUACUCCCCGGCUCCCGUGCCGGAGAAGAACGGCUCGGCCUCCUCGCAGCCGCAGCAGCAAUCCUCUGGGAAAAGCAAAUUUGCACUCAGCCCCACCUCCCCGCCCUCAUGCCUUAGCGAGGCCAAGCCCUCCCCGAUCGCCUCCCCGUCGCGGCUGCUCAAGUUCCUCAAGAUCCCCGCGAUCGGGGAGCGACCUCAGACUGCUCAAGCCUUACGCCUCAGUCCUCAGCUCACUCGGAGCUCCAAGAUUCCCUGCCGGAACAACAACUACGAGGUGUACCACUCGCCCGUGAUGCCCCGCAAAGCCACCACCACGGAGAGGGAGAAGGUGUCCUCGUCGACGUCCUCUCCCAAAACAGACACUUACCCUGGCACGCACUCUGCGCCUACAUCACCCCCAAAGCCGGACGACAACCUCUGUUCCCCUGUCCCUGUGAAGGAGGUAAGCUACAGCAGCCACUCGGCGCCCAAACCUAACCGAACCUCUAAAGGGGCACCCAUUCCUUCAUCCCAGUCACAGAGGAACUCACAGAAGGUACCCCACUAUGAGAAUGUGUCCGAGCUUGCUGCAUCGAAUGGUUUGCCACAGUUCAUCCCCUACUCUGAAGUAGACAGAGGCACCCCAGAGAAACAACAGAGGAACACGUGCGACGACAAGUUGCUCAGUCCUCCCUCCAAGACUUCGGAUUCGUCCCCAGCCACGGGUGACUCGCCCUCGGACUCCUCAGACGAGGAGGAGACUGACACGGAGAGUCCCGUGUGGCACAAACCCCACCAACACUUCAGCCUGCCAUCCUCCUCGUCGUCAGCCUCCAGCAAGGCCCAGCGAGUGUCCACUUACUCCAGCAUGAAGGACCGGCCACAGGAGAGAAUAGCACCCGAAGUUGUUCAGCCACAGACUGUUGAGGCUGUCCAGUCGGCUCAGCCAACGACGGGCUCCAGGAAAGGAGACCAGCCCCCAUCACUGCCCAAAAGGACGGUCUCCGCCAAACCCCCGAACGAGACCAGCCAUCACCCUUUCAAAGAGCGCCUGGCUGCUCUCGGCAAGCUGAAGAGCAACGAGGAUCUGCACCAGCCCUUGGAUAAGAAAGAAGCACAGUGUAUUGGUGUUAGAACACCUGCAUCUUCUGCCCCUGGCAAUAAUGAGCGAAGUAAAACCGCAGAACGACAAGGCGACCGCAGCGUGGUUGAACAUAGGCACACAAAGUAUACUGAUUCUUUGGAUGGAAAACCUUACCCCAAGACUAGCUUAGCAGGCUACACCAAGUAUCCUAGUACAUGUCAUGAAGUAAGCCCUAAGUCAGCAGUAGCUACAGGAUCUGCCAGUAAAGGAGAAUUGGAGACUUUCUCUCCAAGGGUUUAUGUUGCCAAAUCCGAAGGCCCAAAGAUAAAAAUGGGAAUGUCAUCGUCAACCGACCCCCCCGUUGUGAUGCGUAGCUAUGGAAAAUGCCAAGUUCCAACAAACCACCACAGCAAGACUUCCCCAAGUCCCCAGAAUAGUCCCACCAAGGUCCCGUCCAAGUCGCCCUCGAAAGCUGGCCAGGCGUCCUCCUACCCCCGAGGCAUGAAGCCUGCUCAUGACGACCGUGGCCAGGCUCAGAAGCACCCUGCGCGGCCAGAGGACAAAUCAAAGCUCACCGCCAGCAAGAAGAAGUUUGUACACGCUGAGAGCUUCCCCCCUCCUCCUCCUCCCAGACCUCCGGUCGAAACAUCUGCCAGCACGCAGUCGCUGGAGGAGAAGAAGCCUCUGGUAGCCUCCGGCCCACAGUCAGCCAUCGAGCAGAAGGUGAUGCGAGGGAUCGAGGAGAACAUGCUGAAGCUCCAGGAGCAGGACCGCACCCAAGCUGUGGAGACCAAGCAGAAGACCUCCAACGGCAUCGCCAGCUGGUUCGGCCUGAAGAAGAGCAAGCUACCGGCCCUCAGCCGCAAGCCCGAGAUGUCCAAACUCAGGCUCAACAUGUCGUCGUCCUCUUCGUCCUCUGCCUCCUCCGCAGCCAACUCAAAAGCUGGCCCAAGGAAGGUGGUGGAGAGCCUGAACAUCUCGAAGCUGAUGGAAAAAGCAGAAGAUCUCAGGAAAGCCCUUGAGGAGGAGAGGGCCUACGUGAAUGGGGUGGGCGUUGGAAUGCCCCUCGAUCGCACUGGCAGGGGACAUUCAUGUGAGGUGGUGAUGGACCCAGCACAGGGACAGCUCGCCCUAAUGUACCGUGGAGUGACUGCUGAUAACUUCAUGCAGCAAUUGUUAAACAGGGUGGACGACAAAGGAGCCCCCAGCUUUGGCAUGGCUCACAGACGCCUCUCCUUUGACUCCAAAAGAUCCCAACCCACAUUCCUCCACCAGAGGAAUGGCAUGAGUCACACAAAGAGUCGGGAUGAGAUGGACAAGGGGCCAGACAUGGUAGGUCGUGAUGAGGUCAUAUCUGACGAGAACCUGGCAGAAUCCAUGAGCUCCCAACACUUCACAGGUUCUGGAGCCUCCAUGCGUACACUGGACAGUGGCAUUGGGACAUUCCCUCUGCCUGACUAUGCCAGCAGUGCCGCAGGCAAAAGCAUCCCCAAGACAAAGCCCCACGGGGAGCAGGGGUUUUCCGCUUCCCAAGGGAAACACGGACCCCUAAUGAAGGUUCCACGAAAGGCGCGCACUCUGGAGAGAGAGCUGUCGUCCCUGGAGGAGGUGAACCCAUCUGCGCUGUAUGGCGGAGGCCUCGAGGGGAAAGGGCCCAGCAUGCAUCUCUCCAGCACCAUCCAUGAAGACAUUGAUGCCUAUGGGGCCCAUAUGCAACCCCCACCAUCUAAGAACUGGACCUUCCCCAACCUGAAGGGAUCAGCGGGUCCUGCAGACGUCUACAUCGGUGUCCAAGGAGAUCUGGAGCCAUCUGGGCAAGGAACGCCAUCCAGAAGGAAACAGGCCGUGCCUCAGGGACCCAGAGAGGUGGAUCCCAGCAGUCUCCCAUUGGCCCCCCAAAUGGGGCUGAGCCGGAGGGGGAAGAGCCGUAUCCCGGGGGGGCCGGAGGUGAGCAAGGAGGGUGGACUGGAGCUGGUCAAGGAGCGACCGGACGACAUCCUUUCCCCGAGCCGGCCGCAGGCCCUGGAGACGCCGGAGUCCCUGAGUGACUCGCUCUACGACAGCCUCUCGUCCUGUGGCAGCCAAGGCUAAGAGCUCAUGCCACUCCCCACCCCUCAUCCACCACGCUCUCUCCUGGGGCUGCCUUACUAGGCUGUUGAGAGCUGUGAGAGUUGGAGGGGGGAGAGAUGGAGGUCAUGACUUGUCCCCGUUCAGCUGUUGUGUGGCAAAUUUCCUUGGGAUUCUAGAGAUGAAUGAAUGACUGAAUGGACAGAGAGAAAGGGUCUUAAUUAAUAGCAAUUAAUAGGCCCUGCCAUGGAUCAAUUUGGACAGCAUUUCACUUGUAAGGCUGGGACAUACUUUCAUCAGUAAACUCUCACUGGGCUCAGUGUUCACUAGGGUCAAGGGUCAAAGGUCAAAGUUCAUCUCACUAAAAUUUUGUGUCUGAGCUUUCAUAUAGUUUCAUGCAUGGUGGACCAGUCCCAGCCAAGUUCUGCAUCUUGUAGUAAUCCACAGUGUUCACUCUGCCAUAAUGUGCAUGGCAUUCAGCAGGUUGUCAGUGAGCUUGUUCGCUUUCACCAGAACUUAUGCCCUUUUCGUUAGCACUCUACAUUAGUCAAGCGCAAGUCAUCUCCACAUGAGCUAUGUCCCAGCCUUGCGAUUACAAGUGGAAAACAUGAGGGGAUGGACUGAUUCCAUUUCAGCUCACGUAUCUCUCUGAGGGGAAUGGGGCUGGAGGGAAGGUGGAGGAGGCGUUGUGGAGUGAGUAGUCUAGUUUAUCUGUGAUGUCAACUCAUGCCUUCUAAGGUGACUGUGGGUGGAUGGGUGAGUGCCCCCUCUCCCCCUCCAAUGGCCCACAACACAACACCACUGUGUGUGGAUGGUCUGUGACAUAACCCACUCUCUGCCCACACACACACACACACACACACACACAAGCCUACUCUCUUCCCGCACACACACACACACACACAAGUCCACUCUCUGCUGGACUGCUGAGCUAAUGUUGACGCUGACACUGAAACUCAAAAGAAAAGACGGAGCACUCCCGCUGAACAGCGCGACCCGAAAACGCUCACUCCUCAGGUGGCCAGAUGGACAGAAAUACACACACACACACACACACACACACACACGUGACCUUCAACUCACCCUAGCUUAUAUAAGCACCACAAACAGCAACACACCUACACAUGCAAGCACACACAAACAAACAAAUAUACAUGCAUAGACGAUACUCAAACGGACAAGAUGCCAUAGCUGCAGAAAAAACAAACUGACAAACCAUACAUCUUUUGGACAGCAGUGCACCUUCCACAGCUGUGGGAAGCAUCACUUGCAUAAUAGACAGCCUUGGUCCUUGUCAUCUUGUUCCUAUAAUGAUCAACUGUGUGUGAGUCUACCACAAAGCUGUGUAGUGUAAUGUUUAGUCGUAAGAAAUUUGACUGCCAACAAUUAAAAAUGCUAAAAUUUGUGCUCAUACGCUUUUAAAAACAAAUCAAGUCUUUUAACGUUUUAUGACCCGUCACUCAGUUACUUUAGUAUCUUGGCAUUUAACAUUCGCCUCGGUGAUCAAAUGCUUGAGACUGUAACGAGUACAGAGUGCUGGACCCAAACUGUGAAGAAUAGGAUCUAUUGGAAACUGAUCACGACCAAUCAAAGACUAAACUUAAAUUCCUAAUCAUGAACAUUUUAGAUCUAAGAAGCACUAAAGUUGUUCUGUCUGGAAUGACUCGUCCUACCAUAAGACAUGUGGCUGUAUACUAAGACUUACUAAUUAAUGCCAAAAAGGCUCCCAGCAGACCUGGAUACCAGUAAGAGCAGCAAACCUAUUGGCCAGGACAGUGAGCUUUCGAUCUACUCUUUGAUCUAAUGCUCACUGGAGGUGCCAAUUCCAGCAAACAUGUACCGUAAGCACAAAAGCAACUAGGGUCUAUAUAGCAAUGCUCAACACAUUGAUUCAACCCUAAAGGAAACGUUGGACACUUCAAUGUCUGUUUGGAAUGAAGGCAUUUAGAGAUUUCUGUAGCUUGGCAUUGUGCGGAAAACUAGCAAAGCCCAAAAUAAAAAUAUAUCCAAGAAAUGUUCUCACCAGUUUAGUUUUUAGGUUAUGUAUCUAGUCAUCAAUAAUCAAAUAUGAGCACAGGGAUUGUAAAUGUGUUUCUAAGAUAUCAUACGACCUAUGAGAUAACAGCUUGCGGUAAAAGCUGCAUUCAUGGACAAAACACUGAUUAGCAAUAUUGGUGUUUGUAUAGAUGAAUAGUGAUUUUGAUGUACAGUUUAAGCAAAGAAAAAAGUCAUUUGUGGGCUUUGUCAAAGAGGCAGGCAUUCGAGCACCACAGACGUAACUGAGAUGAGCCACAAAGAUCUUUAUGAUAGUCCCUGUGACGCAUAAGGACUUCGCUAGUACUUGUAACCCCUGAGUAAAAUCUGUGAUUUUUCCGCUUCUGAAAAAUAUGAGCAGAUAUACUAAACUACCACAUCCACGUGCUUCCAGUGGCUUUUCGUCUCAUUAACUGUUAUGUGAAAAGUUUUGAUAUCCGCGCACAGCAGAGACAGGGGUCUGUACAGUUUUGCCUACUUGUUCACUAGGAUCCCUUGUCUGUCCGCCCCUUGUUCUCUUGAUAUGAAGAGGACUGUAAUGAUACAGUAGGACAAAUCCAGAGGUGACUGUUAUUAGAUCCUUCUCAAGAAAAGUUUCCUUUUAUCCACUCUUGCUUCACUAUUGCUUCUUCCACAUGGAUUGUCUUCCAAGACAGCCUCUGCCGAUCUCCAUACCUUCAGCUCAUCUAGAAGUGUUAAAUGGAGGGCAGGAGGUGUUACACUCCAGAAUCAUCCAAACUAAUUUGAUCAGCUGUGGUAUAUAGACCCCACAUGACAAAAAUUUUCAUUUUCAUAUGUGUCCAGAAUGAAAGUAACAUAGACAGUGGUAGCAUUUCAUUCCAUUUUAGAACAUCUCUAACCACUUUGUCUAGAAACACCUCCUGUCUCUGCAUAAUGUUUGUAAAAAUGAACAGGGUGGCAAAAACCAGGAGGGGGCAAAAGGCCCAAUAUACAGCCCUGUGGUCAAAGCAUUAAUCUCAGGGGGGCAGUUGUCCCAGAGAGCCCCCUAAUUCCUUAUCAACUCAUCAUUAAGAUCUCUUUCAGCUUUCUUGGACUGCUCCUCAUUUUGUCUUCAUAAACUGCUUGUAACCUUUAGAAUCUGUGUGUAGCCACUUCCAGCCUCUCUGAUGCCAUAAAUGUGUUCCCCCGAGCUUUCAUAACCUGUCCUUAGACUAAAGAGGCUAAAGCUGUCUUUUAGGCCUCACCAUCUUCUUCGUCCAUUCAUGUAGCCUUUGUUUUUUAAUAGAGUGAGAGGUGUCUUUGCAAUACCAUGUCACCAUGAUAGCACUGACCUGGACUAUGCGGUAUAUCAUAUGUUUGCCAUACCUUUCUUUUCAUUUUGUUUCCUUUUUGGACUUGGGGUGAUAUGGGGUGGUUGCAGCUUUUUAUAUUUAUUUACUUUAUUUAUUUUUUUUGCAGAAUUAUACUAGCAUAAAACUGUUUUAUUGUUGUCAUUGUUGUUGUCGUUCCUGUUAUUGUUAAUGGUGUUGCUGUUAUAAGCAUUUUUAUUCUUACUGUUAUUUUUUUACGCUUUGAUUUCUAAUGCUUCAUUCUGUUGAAUGAAGUUUUUUUUUCCUAGCAAGGUUUGUCUUCUUUGUGUAUGAAUCUAACCAGAAUAUUCUCAUUUGGAUUUAUUUUGUCUUGUAAAUAGUAUUCCAAGGUGCUAUGUACAUAGCAUUUCCACCAGAAAUCAAAUGAAGCCAUAAACAGCAAUGUAUUUUAAGGCAGUGAAAUCAUGAAGAUAAAAAAUGUUAAUUUAUGGCUCAAUUGAAAACCCAAGAAAUAAACCCUUUCUCUCAA